GCUUUAAAAAGAGUUAGAUCCGUCAUGUGUGACAUUAUUUGUCUACCAGUUGGCUAGGGUAUCGUAAAAUCAACAUCAAAACGCAACCUCGGCUGCCAAGCUAACGCUGUUGACUACGACGAUGCUACUGUUCACUAAUCACGCUUGUCUCCUAGUAGGUUACAGUCCCUGUGCCUCAGCAGCAUCAUGGUGGACAUUGCUGUGAAGAGCGGAGCUGCUUGGGUCUGUCACACUCAGGAACAUCACUUGGCUGAUGUCCUGCUUCCUGUUCACCUCAGUAACAACGACGAUCACGAAGAGGAGCUCAGUCAGUCAACAGAUGACAAGAAAAACUGGGGCGGCUCAGUGCUGUUGGAGCAGACAGAGGAAGGGUCUCCUUGUGUCCUGAUGAUCCACUGCAGCCCCUGCUCCCCUACUGCCAUCAGCCGCCUGCUGAUCAUCAGUGAGGCUCGAACCAUGGAGGUGUACAGCCAGAUGGGAGAAUACUGCGGGACAGUACGUGGGGAGAGGGAUGACAGCAUCCAGCCAGACAGUUCAGACAGAGGACCUUUCUACAAGAAACAGCUGAUCCUUGAGCAUCCAUCAUCAGCCUGUGAAGUGAAGCUGCUCUCCCUGGCUGGUAGAAGCAGUGUUUUGGUAUGUCGAGUCAUCGUGGGCAUUCAGCAGCUACACCCCUGCCCGGCCCGCGGCCCCGGCAUCGACAUGCAGCAGGUGCAGUGUCUGGUUGAGGAGAUGGGAACCAGCCUCUCACCGGGAGCCCAGAACCUCAUGGAUAUGGUGCACUUCCAGCAGAAGAACCAGACCAGCUCUCUGGGCGGCUUCCUGCCUCUUCUGAUGGGCGGUGGAGCUUUGUCUGCCCUGGCUCAAGCAGCCAACAUCUCCCUCAGCAAUCAGCCCCAGUCUGCAGACUCCAGGCCUCCGGUCAGCUCCAUCAGGCCUGCAGAUGAAGCUCCACCGGCUCAGAACGGAGCGAUGUCAGACGGCUCUACCUCCUCCUCCUCCUCCCCAGACCUGCCAGUUUCUGGGGACAACACUAAGAAUAUAAUGAGCAGUAAGAGCAGAGACCCAGUGAGCCAUGCCCAGCUGGCGGAUAUGAUGUCACACUUCCUGAAAGGGCAUGGACACGGCCAGGCGUUAAGCUCCGGCCCUGAGCUUCUGCCCAUGCUCCAGAGCGUCUGCGGUCAGGUGACGAAGCUGAGACUGGAUGAUGCUGCAGCGGAGGCCGAGAAGGAGAAGAAGAUGAGAAAUGGCACAUGGGAGUUGGACUCAGCCAUGGAGCGUCGUUUGGAGGAGAUGGAGAGGAGGCUGAAGGAGCACGUGGACCUUCGCCUGGACGCUCUGGAGCAGAAGCUGGAGAAGGCCCUGCUGAGCAUCCUUCCGCAGGUCGCCCUCAACCUGGGAGCUAGGAGCAGCUCAGUGGGAGAAGCAGAAUCCACAGGACCGUCGGAGCAGACCGCCCCGACACAAGCCAUACACUGAGUUCAGUACCGCUAAAAGACUAAUGUAACAUGUAACCUGGAAGCUUUUGUACGAGGGGAUGCAGAGCAGGACGCAGACACUAACAGAGACACAACAGUAGAAAUAAAAAGGCUGAUAUGGGAAAUAAAGACAAAAUUAACACAAUAAUCGCAAUGAUCUGCUAAAAUAUAAAAUUGUGUUAAACUACAAGUGUCCAGCUGUCAAAGAUGCAGCCUCUGUAACGGUUUGUUUAUCUUUUAUCUCUGGGAAAAUAGCAAAUGAAUGCAACACUGUUUGACAGCCAAAGUGAAUGUCCUGGAUGUAGGACUGUCUCAUCAGCUUGUGAACAUGAUGUAAGUUUGGCCUUAAGAAACAAAAAAUGUGUAAUGCAGAAAUCCCAUAUCCAGAUCACAAAAAACAUGUCAUGUGGCUGCAAUGCAUUCUGGGCCACAAGUUUGGCCACAUGAAAAAGUAGCCAGAAAUACAUCACCAACAAAAAAGCCUUCUAAAACCAAGCAGGAAAUGAAGUAAAACUGAGCAUGGCCUAUAGGGAUCCCUCAGUUACAGCACAGACACAUAAAGAAACAUAAAGACAAGCUUUAAAUCGUUGCAGUGAUGUUAUCUUAACCAGUUUAUUGUUGGCUGGUUUUAACAUAAUAAUAAUUUACAUGCAACACUCAUUUAUUCACAUUAACGCGUGCAUGUAAACACUCCCAAUUUGUUCUCCCAGGUAUCCUGAUCCACAUGAUCCUCCAGUCAUCCUGACAGUUAUUCUUAUUCACACUAUGUACUGUAACUGCACUGAUCCGCUGUUAAGUGUUUUGGUUAGUCAGGCCUUAACUGUUUCGUUCAAUUCAGUUUGGUUUGACACUUGUGGAAAAUCUCAAAAUGAAUACAUAUACUCCUGGAACAGGAGUGUAUAUAGAAGGUGUAAAUUAAUAAAAAGUGUUUUAAUAUGCCACUGUAAUGUUUUAAAUAAUGUACAUGUCUGUAACAAAAAGCUUAUUUGCCAAUGUAAACUAUUAAAAGGACUAUUUUGACCUGUGAUGUUGACGGUUUUAAUAACUACUCACUUAAAUAGCAAUAAAAAUAUAUUUAUACACA